GACAUGAAAGGGAGUUGGAGCUCCAAGUAUAAAACUCCAGCAGGCGCACAAACCCACGCAGCGCGCGGACUGAAGGACUGCAUCACUGCUGCUCUUCUGCCGAAUCCACCCUUCAUCAUCAUACUCAUCAUCCAGCAUGAGUGAGAGACAAGAAUCCGGAUCAGCUGGAAACAUCAAACCCUCAGGUGGACAAGACCCCUCCAAGAAGGACGUCCCAGCCGAGGACUUUGACAUCGACAUGGGCGCCCCCGAGACGGAGAAGGCGGCCGUCGCCAUCCAAUCACAGUUCAGAAAGUUCCAGAAGAAAAAGCAGACGGUGAAAUCAUAAUCGUGCCCAUGCAGGGCGUCCCUGGCCCGCUCGGGCGCCAAUGGCACCAUUAGGGCAGGGAGUUGCAUGUCAGAUAAACUGCACUGUUCUCGGGUGGGGGU